UAUCCACGUCAUAGUCUCUAGUGACAGGGUGGGAUCGGAGGUCAUCGUGCAAGGCACAUCUCUGAGAUCACGUCCUGUGACAUCUUUGGUGGGCCAGCUCAAGACUUCGAAAGCUGUACCUCAACCACAUAUAAGGCCGCACUCCUUGCCAAUUUCACCGAAUGCUUAUUCCACAAGCAGACACAUUAUAGGAAGCACAUCGAAGCCAUAACAACAGUCAAAAUGGACAAUAUCGUCAGAGAAGGAGAACAAUUCCUUGAGAACCAGGAAGGAAAUCAGGGAAGCAGCCAGGGCAUGGACCAAAGCAAUCUCUUGGGCAGCCAGCAGAACUCCCAAGGCGGUCAGCCAAGCCAACAAGGACAAUCAGACCAGCAGGGAGGAGGCAUGAUGAAAGGCUUUGAGCAGAAUGCUGGAGAUGCCUAUGUCAACCAAGAGGUGAAUCAAUUCUUGGGCAAAGAAGGCGUACCCAACGCAGCAGACGGUGCGAUCGACGGUGUUGUUGACACCGAGGUGAACAAGUUGGAAAAGGACUUCUAAACAACCCCUCGACUCCAGAUCGUUGCACAGCAGCGUAUUCAUCGAAGCCCUGUCGGGCAACUCAUUGGUGGCGCACCUCCAGAGAUAGCUAUGGGCACAGGAGGAUCCAUACGGAGUAGAUCAUAUACAAAC